AUGUGUAUUGCAUCGAAGAAUUUCUUACCUCCUCGGAUGACCUUUCCUUCAUUUCCUUCCACGUCCAUGAUCAUAACCGCUUUUUUCCGUGGCAUCAAAUCGAUGAGUUCAUCUAAUAACACUGUGGAUUUUUUCCUUUCUUUGUAUAUCUCACCGUCAUAUGCUUCCGAAGGUUUUCCACGUUUGAUGAUCCAGGAAUGUCCAAGAUUGUUUGUUCCUGCAUUUCGUUUUACAUUUUUCCUUCCUUUCUUUUUCUAUUCCCGACAUUUCACCAUAUUUUUUCAGUUUCUCUUUUCAUCUAUUGAUUUUCCAUUCAUUUACCUUUUUUUUAUUAUUUUACCCUUUCUUUUUUAUUUGUUUUUCAUUUUUUGUUCCAUUGAUUUUUAUUUCCUUUUACUUUUUUCUUUUCGACUGUUUUUUCUUUCUCUAUUUAUUUCUUUUUUUUUCUUUUUAUUUUUUCUUUUUUUUUUUUUGCAUGUGUUAUAA